AUGCGUAUGGAAAUGGAGCAAGUUAAGCGAACCCAUGAAGUACUUCCAGAGCAAAUGCCGUCGGGGACUCAAGCUUGUUUAGCACAUUCAGUCAAAAGUAUGGAGCAUUUUGAGGAAAAGAGUGCUCUGGAUAACGGGUCCACAUAUGAACAGGAUGCAUUGGGUUGUACCUGCAAUAUUGGUAUGAAGUAUGUGUCGCUAUUCGAUGGGAUUGUCGAUGUUGAUAAGUCACUUGUGACUUGGUUGCGAGAUGUAGAGGUGCAAUGCAAGCAUCAGAAAAAUCGGAAUGCAAUGGCAGCGUCGCUUUUUGAGGACAAGAGGAUCAGUUGGAUGGUUACACGGACUGACGAGGAGCAGGCCAUGUCCUUACCGGGUAAUGGUAAUCAGGGGGAUUUGGAUGUUGCAAAACUGGUUGAGCAUCAAAAGAAAAAUGUUCGACAGAUUGGAAAGGGUGCCAAUCACAUCAUUGCAUGUUACAAGUUUCGACGAAAAUAUUUGAUGGCAACAGCAUAUUUGGAAAGAAAUUUCGUUUCUGGACUUUACAGUCAAUUUAUUAAGAUGCAUUUGAUGGGUAAAGUGAAGGCGGCUGUGGAAGCUGAUGGUAUGGCAGAAGAGGACUACUGUUCGAUGGAUCACAUAGGAAAGUAUCCAUCGUACAUGUAUGCCGGGACUGUAGUUUUGGAGAAGGGCGAUUGUGGUAUGGAUCGAGCCAGAUUGAAGGUGAUCCAGGCAUCGCAGUGGGCACCGAUUAAGGUGACAUCCGAUCUUCAACAGUUGUAG